AUGGACGUGCCCUCGUUUCUCCUUAAGAAUGCUCUAGGAUCCAGGAUGAAGAAAAGCUUCAGAAAGUUAUGCAAUGGAGAUGGCUCUACCUCGACCCUCAACCAGCAAACGGUCGAUCAUAAUGGCUCCUCUUAUGCGGUGGCUAAAUCACCGAUAAGGGAAAGCCAACUGACUUUGGAGGAAAUGAUUUUACAAUUAGAAUUGGAAGAGAAGAUGGCUAGGAUAGCAAAACUUGAUGAAGGUAAUGGUAUCCAGCACCACCGGAUGUCAUGUGUCGAUAGUUCUGAUAUCCUAAGAACUGCAAGGAACGCGUUAAAUCAGUACCCUCGAUUUUCUCUGGAUGGAAGAGAUUCCAUGUAUCAAUCUUCAUUUAGAAACUUGGCCACUAUCAACACAAGGUUAGGUGAUCUAGCAGCAGAGAGAACUCGAAGAUUGCCUGCAAUUAUAGGUGGAGAGAGCGUGAUCUGGUGUAAACCGGGGGUAGUGGCUAAAUUGAUGGGUCUUGAGGCCAUGCCAAUUCCAGUAAACAGCAGAACCCACAGGAGAGAGAGACUUGGCAGCAUCAUAAAGAAGCAAAAUCUGAGGAGAGCUGGAAGACAAGAAAUUGAAAGGAGGUUUGUGAAUGAUGCAAAUGCUUGUUUUGGCACGAGGAGAGGGAUAUCGACAGGCUCUUGUUCAAAAACGGGAAGAUACUGUGUAAUGAAGCCGAUAGCUGGGGCGCCUCUAAAUGGUGAAGUAGGCUGGCCAAUGCGGCAUUUUGCCAAGAACAUCUAA